UGUUAGUGUUUGAUUGGCAAGCGAUCCGGCGAGUCAUCCAUGAGUGCUGGAGAACGAGACUUUUAUAGCUUAUCAGUGAUCGAGUUCAGUAGCAAAGCGAUAAAUGUCUAGUUUUUUUUAUUUUCCAAUAUAAAUUCAAGGUUUUGCAAAGCCAUUUGCCCAAUUUCAGUAGCGAGUUGCACUAGUCACAAUGCCCACCAGAAAACAGCCCAGCCAGGAGCAGAUAAACGAGGUGAAGACUCGCUUUUUGGAUAAGCUCGUAACCGAACCACCAAAAGUCCCCUUUAAUGAGAGCGAUUUGGAGCGCAUCCGGAGCAACGAUAUCUGGAUUACACAGCUGCUGGAGGUCUUCAAGCUGGACGUCGAGAAGACCAUUAUGCGCUUAUGGGAAAUCUGCGCAUGGCGCGAGAGCUAUGGAGCAAACGAUAUUAUUGAGUCGAAAUUGAAUAAGGAGUAUUUGCACGACGGCCAGAUCUAUGUGCACAAUCAUGACCAUGAGGGCAAGCCCUUGCUCAUUGUGAACUUCUCCAAGCACUCGAAGAGCAAGAACCAGGACGAUCUAAUACGCCUGAUCGUGUACUGGGUGGAGCGCAUACAGCGUGAAGACUAUCUGCAGAAGAUCACACUCUUCAUGGACAUGACCAAUUCAGGCCUGAGCAAUGUGGACAUAGAUUUUGUCAAGAAAAUUAUCAGUCUAUUCGAGACCAGCUACCCCAACGCGCCCAACUAUAUUAUCGUGCACCAGCUGCCCUUCCUGCUCAACGCGGCAUUCAAAGUGGUGAAGAAUUUCAUGCCCGCUGAGGCUUUGGAGAUACUGCGCGUGACCACCAAAAAGGACAUUCAAGAGUAUGUGAAUAAGGAUAACUGCCUGACGAUCUGGGGCGGCACUGAUGACUAUUCCUUUGAGUUUAAAUCAGCAUAAAAGCAAAGUGUAAACAUAUAUAUUAUUUAUUAUCAGAAUUUCCAAUUAGGUUUGAUAUUUUUUAUAUUUUGAAGAAAUAUUCCGAACAUAUACGCGUAAUCUUAUCUAUAGUGAGCCAACA